UUUGGUCGCUAGGGGGCUUCGCGCACGUUCUCUUUCCUUUCGUCCUUGGGUUUCGUAAGCCAAACGGGUCCGAACCAUGGAAGAAUACGCUCGUGAUCCGUGCCCAUGGCGUAUAGUUGACGAUUGUGGUGGCGCUUUUUCGAUGGGAGCGAUUGGUGGCUCGUUGUUCCAUGGAAUCAAAGGAUACAGAAACGCUCCAAGUGGAAACUACAGACGACUUAUUGGGAGCCUCGUGUCCAUUAAAGAGAAAGCCCCCAUUACAGGAGGCAACUUUGCAGUGUGGGGUGGACUUUUCUCAGCAAUUGACUGUUCUAUGGUGUAUAUCAGAAAGAAAGAAGAUCCCUGGAAUUCUAUAACAAGUGGUGCCCUAACCGGUGCCAUUCUUUCUGUGAGAAAUGGAGCAGGAGCCAUGGUGGGUUCUGCAAUUAUUGGUGGCGUUCUGUUGGCACUCAUCGAGGGAAUGGGAAUAAUGUUCACUCGUUUCUCAGCGGAACAGUUCAACCCAGCGAACAGGACUGUCAUGGAAGAAUCACAGCCCCCUCAAGCCCAGAGUAAUAUAUUUGGACAAUCAACACCCAAUUAUCAAUAAUGAAGUAUUUAUUAGACUUUGAAAGCAUUCAUAGCAUUUUAGAGACUACUUAUAUUCUUACAGAGGGUAUAUUGGUCUUGCAGAGCGAAACAGGGGACUUUUAGUGAAACAUUUUUUCUCAUGUGUCGAGACUGAAACAAAUCAGUUGGAUGAAACGUGCUGCGUUAUUAAAACUGACAUUUAGACUUGUCAACAUUGUGUGGAUACACGUUACGAUGAUACAUGUACUGGUAUUUGAAGUGAUGGGUUUGAUAUACACCUACACUCCAUUGUUGUCCACCAGAAUUGAAGUGUGUUAAAUGUCAUCAUUGAUGAUGUGAAAUGUAUGUGUGUCUCUAUUUGUUUGUUUAAAAUUUUAAUCAAGAAACUGAACUCUCUGAGGUCUUUAAGAUUAUUCCUUAUUUGCCAUUUUUAUGUAUGUGACAUACAUGUUGUAAAGUGAUCUAUUUAGAAACCAACAAGAGACACUGGAAAUUAAAAUUUGUAAUUGACA